AUGGACCCAUCCAAAAUCUUCAUCCUCAAAAUCCUAGACUUCCAUUAUACUCUAUUCAAGAUGUUCAAGGAACCAUCGGCUUCCAGUCUACUUGCUUUGCUCAUUGCUUUAGCACAUGCAGCAGCAACAUGUGCUGCAGUUGAACCUGUAGCAGCAACCGGGGAAGAACCAAUCCUUGAGUUAUAUAUGCAUGAUAUUCUCGGUGGCAGCAACCCAACAGCUAGGCCGAUAACCGGCUUGCUUGGUAACAUAUACAGUGGCCAAGUGCCCUUUGCAAAGCCAUUAGGGUUUGCCCCGCCAGAAGGUGUAGCCAUCCCCAACGCCAAUGGCGCCAUUCCAACUGUUAAUGGCAUAAAUGGUAUCCCACUGGGAACUGGUUUAGCUGGCACUACUUUCGCAGGAGAAUCAACUGGCCAGAACCCCAAUGGUAAUCCUCAAACCCAAUUAGGACCUGAUGGGUUAGGGCUUGGAUUUGGAACGAUAACUGUUAUUGAUGAUAUACUAACCUCUAGUCCUGAACUGGGGUCACAGUCUGUUGGCAAAGCUCAAGGUGUGUAUGUGGCAAGUUCAGCAGAUGGGAGCACUCAGAUGAUGGCUUUUACAGCUAUGUUUGAAGGUGGUGAAUACGGUGAUAGCCUUAACUUUUAUGGCAUCUACAAGAUCGGAAGCACCAUGUCACGUCUGUCAGUGACUGGUGGCACCGGUAAAUUCAAGAAUGCUAGGGGUUUUGCAGAGGUCCGAGCACUCAUACCUUCUGGUCAACAUUUCAUAGAUGGUGCUGAGACAUUGCUGAGGGGGAGUAACCCUACGGCAAGGCCAGUCACUGGCUUGCUAGGGAACAUAUAUAGCGGUCAAGUGCCCUUCGCAAGGCCAAUAGGAUUCCUUCCUCCAGAUGGAGGAGUAGCCAUCCCCAAUGCCAAUGGUGCACUUCCAACCGUUAAUGGUCUCAAUGGCAUUCCACUAGGAACUGGCUUGGCUGGUACAACUUUUGCUGGACAGCCUAACAGUCAGAACUCAAAUGGUCAGAUCCAAACCCAACUUGGACCAGACGGAUUGGGACUAGGCUUUGGAACAAUUACUGUCAUUGAUGACAUCUUGACCAACAGCCCUGAAUUAGGGUCACAACAGCUGGGAAAAGCUCAAGGAGUUUAUGUGGCUAGUUCUGCAGAUGGGAGCACACAGAUGAUGGCAUUUACAGCCAUGUUCGAAGGGGGAGAAUUUGGUGAUACCCUAAACUUCUAUGGAAUAUUCAAGGUUGGUAGCCCAAUGUCACGUUUGUCCGUGACGGGGGAACAGGAAAGUUUAAGAAUGGUAUCGGGUUUGCUGAACUUCGAGGACUUAUCCCAUCAGGUCAAGUAG